ACAAAAGGCGACGGCAUAUGGAUCAAUACCUGGGUACCUAAUUCGGAAGGAGCCUACAUUGGUGCUUGCUUCGGUCUGUUCUUUAUGGCUGUUCUCUCUCGUGGUCUUCCAGCCAUUGAAGCAUACUAUGUUACCUGGAGAAUGAUACGCGCCAACAAGACAAAUCAAUUAGACGCCGGCAUCAACGAGUCAGCACAGGUCGAUAUUGAAAAAACACCCGCACAAAACUUUUUAAGGAGCAAUGCAUUAUACCCUUCUCCUCUCAAAUUACCUACCGUUCCUCCCUUCUCAUGGAAAGCCGAUACCAUUAGAAGUCUACUAUCUGCAUUCUCAUCAUUCAUCAGUUACUUGCUCAUGAUGGUCGUCAUGACUGGAAACGGUGGAUUUUUCUUUAUUAUCAUUGGUGGUAUAUUCGUAGGCGAAUUGGCAUUUGGUAGAUAU